CAACCAGAAAACAGAAAUGGCGCCCUCACUUGCGAUUAUCUCUCUUGUAUGUUUGUGUAUUGUUCUCGCAGUUCAAAACACGUCAAGUUCAAAUGAAACCUUUUUGUCGGACGAGGAAGAUUUGUACAAUGCAACAGAUGGUAAUUUGAACCUCACGGGGUUCGAAAUUUCUUCCGAGGUGUUGUCAGCGAACACGUCCAACGGAACCUCCGCCACCUCCGGAGAAUCAAAUUUACCAUCACAUCCACUGCCGUUGUCGGGACAACUGCCCAGCCCUGUCAUUGACGUUGGAAAAUUGUGUCCUUGUGACAAGCACCCGGACGUGUGUGACAUCAACUGCUGCUGUGACAGAGCAUGCAGGGAGGAUCUCCCUCUGUUCUCUUGGUGCUCAGUGGGCACUGUCAGGGGAAGUGGACAACUGUGCACCAAGGAGGUGGCACUCUACUCCCUUCGCACCAGAAUAGAUGGGUAUUCAGAGCUGCAGUCUUCCAUUGGGACAGAAAAUAACCAGGACAUCUUCUGCAUACAGUCUCAGACCCGUGUGGACACUUUGUCACAUCAAUCCCCUGUCGUGCCAACGGACAGAAACUUUGACUCAAUUUUUCAUCGAUUCUCCGACUACCUGUUCAGCCACCAGCAAAGUGGUUCAUUGGAGUCUACAGCCCAGCUAGAGGAAACCUUUGGAUAUAAGUUUGGAGAUGUGAUUGUGACUGUAGAAAAGACUGGACUGCGAGGAAAAUUCCAUCUGCCAGUGUCCAGUGUCUCAGCUGACUGUGUGGACAGCAGUCCUGCAGGCUUCUUGGUGGAGCAGAUCAGUCGGUGCACACGACCCUUGUCUCUGGAACAGGAUUGCAAUUCUUUGCCAGCCCUCAGCAUGGACACUUACACAAGCAUCCAACUGAGUGCUGAUAAAAGUGAAGAUUCACCAGUUGUUGAGGUGAAGGUUGAUUCAGUCAUCAUCCAGUAUGCAGAUGGAGAUCAGAAUGAGCUUGGUACAGAAGACAUCCUCAGCCCUGUCCUCAUCGACACAACAGUGUGUGCAAAUGUUGUGCUGAAGGUCGUCUUUUUGGUGGUGUACAGUCCAGCAGGUGAAAUAGUGAGUGCAUCUGUGUCAGUGAAGCUGGGCUUUGUCUCCGCUGAUCAGCUUCCCCUGCAGCAGGACUUCGAAGUGACAUUUGUUCAGGAUAGCAAUGAGAAUGUGGAGGUCAACUACAGUGGGAACCCAGGCUACCAGGUGGGACUACCCCUUGUGUCUGCAAGGUCAACAGCCGAUGGCUUGACAAGAAGUAUCAACCCUGAAGACACAUUGUCUAUCCUGCUACCUGGUGAGGAGCAGGACUGUCUGCAGGGUCCACAUCAGUACUUUCCUGUCCGUUUCGAUUUGGCCUUCAUCUCAGGUUGCACAUUGAGGUUGGUGGACAUAGCCAACUGCUCAAUGCUUUCAGAGAGGAUACUCAAGGUUCUGAGAGGACCUAACUAUCCUCAGUAUAUUUCUUCUUUUGGGAACUCUCCAAUGGACAAUCCACUAGACUGGGUGCCCAUCAGAAGCUCAUAUAUUCCUGUGGAGAACGAGGAGUGCAGCAUCCCUUUGUCACUUCAUUUUGAAAUUGAAUGGACCAAAUAUGGCUCCUUGAUGAACCCCCAGGCACAGAUAGUGAGCGUCAAAGAAAUCAUUUACACCAACACGAGCAGUCUGGGCGGAGGCGACAACGUGCUUUCAAUUCAGAGCUCUGUGAGUUUCGUGCCAGUCUCAGCUCCCGCUACUGCUGGUUACAGAGCCAUACCCACCAUUGAUGCAAAACUUCCUGUUGACUUUUUCUUCCCUUUUGUAUGACCAGACAAGAGCUGGCAGUGGUCCAAAAUACUGUGAAUAUUGUCCAUAGUUUACAGAGCUUGGUUGGUGCUUAAAUCCUAUACAUACAAUGUUAUUUUUUUAAUAAAAAUUAUUUUUUAAAAUGACUUUGAUGUAUAUGAAGCAUGGAAAUAUGAUGCAUUGAGUGAAGCAUGAACAGAAUUGUAGAGAUGCUGUUUAUCUCUCCUACAAAGAACGCUGCGAAAAGGUUUGCAGUGUCAUAUUUCCAUAAUCGUCUCCAGAUCUUCAGUGCGAUGGUUCAAAAAUCGAUGCCAUUUUUCUUUAGCAGAGCUUGAAGUCUCUGGUUCUCUUGUGCCUGUGAAGGAGAAGGUGGUCAUUUCGAUGUUCAUCAGACCUUCAAUCAUGAUUAUCAGCCUUCAGGAAAUACCAUUUUAUCGGCCUGCUCCUGAAGAUGUGUGACUCUUUGCACAAGAUGGUCGUAGCUCUCUUUUAGCUUGUGCAACUGCUGGUUCGCUCUAGUUUUUAUUGACACCAAGAUGCCUGAAAUACAAAAUGAUUGGGUUUGAGAUUUU